GCCCCUCCUGAGUCAUGCUUAUAAUGGUGAGGCGGGCUGCGUCAGGUCUCGGAUCGCCAGCCCUCUGCUCCGCGCGCAUCAGCAAACUCAGCGGCCACCUCUGCGCCAUGGCUCAGCCCGCCCCAGAGCAAGUGUUCAACAAGCCGAAGGUUGAGCUGCACGUUCACCUUGAUGGAGCCAUCAGGGUGCAGACUAUUCUGGACGUUGCCAAGAGACGUGGCAUUUCUCUGCCUGCGACCACGGCCCAGCAGAUGAAGGAGAGGAUCAUCCUCCAGGAGCCCGACACUCUCACGGGCUUCUUGGGAAAAUUCAACGAGUACAUGCACGUGGUUGCAGGAGACAGAGAGGCCAUCCAGAGGAUCGCCUUUGAGUUUGUUGAGGACAAGGCCCGGGAGGGGGUUCUGUACGUGGAGGUCCGGUACAGCCCGCACCUGCUGUCCAACUGCAAGGUGGAGCCCAUCCCGUGGAACCAGAAGCAAGGCGACCUGUGCCCGGACGAGGUGGUGCGCCUGGUCAACAAGGGGCUCAGCGAGGGGGAGAGGGCCUUCAGAAUCAAAGCCAGGUCCAUUCUAUGCUGCAUGCGCCACAUGCCAAGCUGGUCCGACGACGUGGUGGAGCUUUGUGAGAUCUAUCGGAAUGAGGGCGUGGUCGGCAUCGACCUGGCCGGCGAUGAGUCCCUGAACUGUGAAGCUAACCCAGACCACAGAAAGGCCUACGAGAAAGCGGUUCGCGCCGGGAUCCACAGGACGGUCCACGCAGGGGAGGUGGGUCCAGCCGCCGUGGUGAGGGAGGCGGUGGAAGUGCUGAAAACCGAGCGCGUUGGACAUGGAUACGGAACGCUGGGAGACCCGGAUCUGUACAGAGAGCUGCUGGCUCAGGACAUGCACUUUGAGGUGUGUCCUCUUUCCAGUAAGCUGACCGGCGCCUGCAACUCAGACUUCACCAAACAUCCUGUCAUCACGUUCAUGAGGGACAAGGCCAACUACUCUCUGAACACAGACGACCCUCUGAUCUUCAACUCCACCCUGAACGACGACUACUUCUUAGCCCAAGAACACAUGGGCUUCACCGAGGAGGAAUUCAAGCGCCUGAACAUCAAGUCUGCCAAGUCCUGUUUCCUGCCGGAGAAAGAGAAGAACGAGCUCCUGUCCAGACUGUACGAGGCCUACGGGAUGAUAGAGAGCACCCCCUUCUAAACUUGAGCAGAACAUCAGAGAAGAUUUGAUGUUUUCCUCCUCUCUCCUGAUCCAGCGGAACAUCUAAAGAAACCAGACCUAAAGCCUUUAGCACAUCAAACAUGGCUGCUGCCUUCACCUCAUGAUCCUGCGCGACGCCGGCCGGUCCUCGCUCGGGUCUUUAAGAUUUGUUUUUAUGAAGGUGCUCUCUUUGAGUCAGGUUCUUCAGUCCAGCAGUUUAUUACUUCUGAGUUCUCAUUUACGCCCUUUUAUUAAAUCAUGCUUUUGCUAGUCAGCACUUAUCCAGUUUGAGCACUUUUCCCAACCGGAACGUCGGCCGAGCCGGCUCGCUUUAAGCAGAAUGAGGCCCACGCAGUGAAGUGGGGGGGCUGAAAGCCGUGGAGUCAACAUAGUUGGCACCAACCAAGCAGCAAACGUGCACAAGUGUGUUAAAAUACACAGCUUCAUACCAAAAGUGUAGCCAUAUCUUUGAACACAAGGUGGCAGCAUGCUCUCAUCUGUCCACAAGCCGCACACGUGGAUUUCAUUAUUACUCUGUUGUUUUGAUGUAGAUAUUUAUUCAAAACUUUACAGUUCAUAUAAUGAAAAGCACUUUGAACAUACAGUUAGAGCACUUUUGAAGGGCAUGUCCUACCAAAAUAAAAGCUGUUCAAAGAU